GGUCACUGCUCCGCAGAACCAGAGCUAAACAAUCCAGCGAAAAACUCCUGCCUAAUCAUGAAUGGCAAACUUGUGGCUGUCCUGGCUCUUUUCCUGGUUUCAGCGGCGAUGUCUCAGGGUAGGACCCUGGCAAGGAUGGCCACCGAGCUCCGGUGCCAGUGCAUAGCCACUCAUUCCAAGUUCAUCCCUCCCCGCUCCAUUCAAGAUGUGAAGCUGAUACAGAGCGGCCCCCACUGCAAGAACAUUGAAGUCAUAGCUACUCUGAAGGACGGCAAAGAGGUGUGCUUGGAUCCCACUGCUCCCUGGGUACAGCGGAUCAUAAACGCCAUUUUGGCCAAGGCUCAGCUCAAUUCUGACUCACCACUCUAAGAAACACCAAGACAGAAAAAAUCUGGGAACCACUCCCGCUCCUCCGUUGAGAGAAACGGUUGGGAAAGGCAUCACUCAGGCAGUGUACCACCUUCCACCUCCUGCGUCAGUGUUAUCAUGUUAACUAUGGAUGAUUUUAUUUAUUUAUUUAUUUAACUGCACCUAUUUA